UAAAUCAUUCCUAAAGCCAUAAACAACAUAAUUCAAUCCAUAAAGAGACACAUUGGCUGGCUCCUAGGAAUCUAAUAGCUCACUUCCUUCUCUCUAUAUCAGAUCUCCAAACCCUUCUCUUCUUUCUUUGUCUUUUAGCUCAAACAAGAAGAACACAAGCUGAUUAACUCUACAUUUUUCCAUGGCCUCCCAACAUGAAAAUCGUAUAGCAACAGUUGCUAUUACAAAAAAAGUUUCUGUAUAUCCAAAAAUCCUUCACCCUCAUAGAAUUCUCAACCUUUCCAACUUGGAUAGGCAGUGUCCUAUGCUCAUGUACCUGGUUUUCUUUUAUAAACCUUCUCAUGUUUAUGACAACUUGUCAUUCGACUCAGUUUUUAGUAGCUUGAAAUCUGGCUUGGAAGAGACCUUGUCGGUUUGGUACCCCGCAGCCGGCAGGUUGAGCUUGAAUCCAAAUGAUGGAAAACUAAACCUUUGCUGCAACAAUGAAGGUGCAAUCCUAACCGAGGCAGUGACACAAAUAAAAAUUUCAGAGCUUGGUGACCUCUCUCAGUAUAGUGAAUUCUUUGAAAAACUGGUUUCUAAACCAGUUUUCAGCAGAAACUUCUCUGAUAUGCCUUUGGUUGUUGCUCAGGUGACAAAAUUUGGUUGUGGAGGCUAUUCGGUGGGUGUAGGCACGAGCCACUCCUUAUUUGAUGGACCAGCCACCUUUGAUUUUCUAUGUGCAUGGGCUUCUAAUUCUGCAAUUAUGAAAGCAAAGGGUAGUAAUCCUGCGCUACAAAAACCAGUUCUUGAGAGAGGGCCAUUACUACUAGUGGGUAACUCUCAUGCUCAAAAGGCUAAGAUGAGAGCUGCAGCUAUAGAUCAUCUUUAUCAGUUGAUACAACAAGUUGUUGUUGCUGAUCAGAAUCUGGUUACAGAUCAAGGGCGGUUUGGAGAUCAAAACCCAUAUGUUCUAAAGACUUUUCAUCUGAGUGGUGCAAUGAUUGAAAACUUGAAGAUGAAAAUAUUGGGUGCUAAGAGAGGCAGCUUCUCAUGUACAUCCUUCGAGGCUGUCACUGCUCACCUAUGGAAGGCCAGGACAAAGGCUGUAGGAGUAAAGAAAGAAAGAAUGGUGUGCCUGCAAUUUUCCAUGGAUAUAAGGAAUAAGAUGGUGCCCUCACUGCCUAAAGGUUUCAGCGGCAAUGCUUAUGUUCUGGUAUCGGUUACCUUAAGAGCCGGAGAAUUGGAAGAAGGAAGCCAUGAAGCCAUAAUAGAGAAGAUAAAACAAGCCAAGAACACUGUUAAUGGAGACUAUGUGAAUGCAUAUACGGAGGCACUAGAUCAAGGACCAAAAGGCACUCUGCCUCCCCUGAAGGAGCUAACAUUAGUCUCAGACUGGACAAGGAUGCCAUUCCACAAGGUUGAUUUUCUACAUGGAGAUGCAGCCUAUGCAUCUCCUCUUGUCUCUCCAAUUCCUCAGGUUGCUUAUUUUAUGCAGAAUCCAAUUGAUUUCAGGGGCAUUGAUGUGAGGAUUGGUUUGCCUCCACAGGCUCUCGAUGCUUUCUCUCACUGUUUCCUCAUGAAUGUGCUAUGAGCCUUAAUAAUCUUGAGUACCAUGUCAGUGUGACUUUUCUUUUUCUGUCUAAGAUGAACUUUAGGAGGCCGUGAGAAGACCAUAAAGAAAACAAAAAAGUGAUUUUAUGGUAAUGAUGUCUCAUAUUGUAUCAAUAAUUGUAUUUGGUUGUGUAAGAGAGAGUUUUUAGAUGCAUGACAGACAA